AUGUCUAAAGUAUCUAUGUCGUUAGGCACAGAACUCCUCCAGGACACUGAAAAGGUCGCUCCGAGCGAUUUGUCACUAGAAUCGCAGGAAAAGCGGCAUAUCACCGGCCUAAAGUGGUUUACCUUUCUGUUCAGCACCCUGACGGCAAUCUUUGUCUACUCUCUAGACAAUACAAUUGUUGCCAACAUUGCUCCGAAAAUCGUUAACGACUUUAACGCCGUCGAAGAUUUGCCAUGGCUAUCAGUGGGGUUCAUGAUUGGAGGAACGGCAAUGGCACUUCCGUUUGGGAAGCUAUACUCGAUCUUUGAUGCCAAAUGGGUGUUUAUUGUGUCCACUGUUGUGUUUAUGGCAGCCUCUGCGUUAUGUGGUGGAGCGCCAACGAUGGACGCCGAGAUCAUCGGCCGGGUCUUCGCUGGAGCAGGCGGAAACGGAAUGUAUUUCGGCCUACUUGCUCUGAUUUCCAUGAACACCACUAGUCAAGAGCGGCCUAAAUAUCUAAGCCUGAGUGGCUUGGUAUGGGGUCUAGGGACUGUGCUGGGUCCUGUUGUCGGCGGCGCCUUUGAGCUGUACACCUGGCGCUGGGCAUUCUACAUCAACCUACUGUUUGGUGCUAUCUUAUUGCCAACAUAUUUCUUCGUCAUUCCAUCCAACGACGCACUACCAGGGGUAUCGCGGUGGGAUAAGCUAGCCACCUUCGACUGGGUGGGCACCAUACUCAGCAUUGGGUCAUUUACGACUUUGGUCAUGGCCAUCAAUUUCGGUGGAACACUUUAUCCAUGGAAUAGUGGGCAGAUUAUUGCGUUAUUUGUUGUCUCCGGUGUUCUCUGGAUUAUAUUCGGCUUACAACAGGGCUUCAACUUCGCCACCUCAGUUGAGACACGCAUUUUACCAAUCCACCUUUUUGUCCAAAGGGAGCCAGUCCUGCUUUUUAUCUCCUGUGCGGCAGUCGGUGCUGUGUCCUACAUUAGUGUCUAUUAUAUCCCUAUCUAUUUUCAGUUCACACAAGGAGACAACGCGAUCAAAUCCGCCGUCCGUCUACUCCCGUUUAUAUUCCUGCUAAUCGCCACUAUCCCAACUAGCGGGGCUAUGAUGUCUCAUUUCGGCUAUUAUAAACCUUGGUAUCUAGGAGGCAGCAUAAUUGCCAUCAUCCCAGCUGUUCUGAUGUCUACCAUUGUCAAUAUCGACACCCCAUCAGGUGUUAUGUAUGGCCUCCAAAUUGUGCUAGGUCUUGGGGCUGGUGCGUACACGCAGGCAGCUUUCGCAGUCAUCCAAGCUGUUGUGGAACCAGGCGAAGCAUCUAAUGGGCUGACCCUCAUGUUACUCGCUCAACUAAGCGGUCUUACUUUCGGCUUAUCUAUUAGCGGCGCUGUGUUCGUCAAUGUUGCAUCUAAUGGCCUAUUCGCCCUACUCCCUGAUUACCCCGAAUCUCAGGUCAGGCAGAUUGUCUCUGGGACUAGCAGCAAGCUGCUUGUAUCACUGUCUGAGAAUCUGCGUGAGCAGGCGCUUGUGGUUAUCGUCUCUGCAUGGCACAAUAUCUUUAUCUGCGUAUAUGUGGCCGCUGCUGCAAGCUUGAUAUGCUCUAUUUUUAUGUCGCAUCAACGAUGUAAUGUCACGGCCGUUGCAGGGAGUGCAUGA